AUGUCGUUCGUUCCCCCGCAGACGAUCCGCGUCAAGCGGAAACGCAUGGAUGAGACGCCUGUCACCUUUCUCCAGCUGGAUUCCGAGGGGACGAAGCGACACCGCACGGGAAACAACGUGGUCUACCAGCGACGUGAUGGAACCAAGAGACCAGUCACGUCAACGGGGCCGGAUGCACCACCGGCCGUGCCGCGAGACGACGCCCAACAACCGGUGAUACACGUAUAUAAACCGACUGACAACAACGAUGCGCAGCAGCAGCCUACCCUGCGAAAGACGCUCACUCCGCGCCAUAGUCUGCGAAAGCUAACCGGUCUCCAUGAUCAGCAGCAGCAGCAGCAGCAGCAGCAGCAGCAGCAGCAACCUCGAAGAUUCCACCUCUCACGUGCCGCCAUGCUGAAUGCAGCGUCGGCAACGUGGGGGGGGAGCGGUGGCAUAUCCAAGAAGAGGGCAGCAGCCGUUUUUGUAGAGCGCAACAGCAGCCGCAAACCCAAAUCUCGGGAUGACCAAGCCAUUAGAUCGGAUCAGGGGCAGCCGCAGCCGCAGCCACAGCCGCAGCCGCAGCCCGAACCCAAGCUCAAGAAGCCGCGCACGUCGCGAGUCAAGAAGACGCAAGAGGACCAGGGGGGGGAGACUGCCAGCGUCAGCGGGGCAGCCACACCUACGCCCUCACUACCUGCGUCCUCGGCGGCCCCCCACGCGGAGGACAUGGAUAAGAUCGCCGCGGAUAUGAACCAGUGGGUCCUGUCAACUAUAGGGGCCAACCUGCAGGCCAUGGAUGACGACAAGGCUCGCGAGGAGGAACAUCAGCGCCAACGCCAGCAGCGACAGCAGAGCAGCAGCAGCAGCAGCAGCAGCAGCAAGCUGCGCCCCAAAGCUCCCUCUCAGAGGUUCAGGGAGAGACACCCAGGCCAGGUCGAGGAUGCAGAAAAAGAAGAAGGAGACGUGGAGAUGGUCCAGGUUCAGGACGAUGGGGAGGAGGUGGACGAUGAGGGAGAUGAUAGUGACUGGGUCAUUGAGGAGUACGUUCGCGUCCCGGCGGCUUCCAUGACCGUAGACAUCCUUCCCGGAGACGUAGGUCUGUUGAUCCUGGAGGGUGAGGAGGACGAUGUACUGUUUUUCGGUCCAGAGUUUGAUGAGGAUGAUGAUUUUCUUGAGGACGAUGAAGAUGAAAAUGAUUACCCAGAAGACGAGGUAGACUCGGACGACGAAUUCAACCGUCACGCAUACUACUACCGUACGGGAAACGCCUCCGACGACGAGGAAUUCGAUAAUAACGAGUUUGACGCGGAGGGUCAGGACGACGAUGACAUGGCCUUUGAGGGCGAUGAGGAUCGCGAGGACGAUGAUCUGGCCAUGGCUCGUAUAAAGGCUUAUAUGCAGCGGGCCAAGACUCGGAUGCGCUGA